UGCCUAAAUAUACACAUCCCCGAGCGAAGCUCGGGGAUGUACCCCGCUUGCUCCAAAAAGCCGCUGAGCCCCCUACACAUUUGCCGACGACACGAAUAUCUAUUCUAUCAUAACCUUUAUCACCUUGGGAGUGUGUUCUGGGUGUUCGGUAUUACAUGAGCUUCAUGCAGCUCUAUUUAUUUUUAAAUAAAAAUGUUAAAAACUCACCUAAUCCUGCCUUUUUAUCAGUAAAGUCCUUCACACAGCGAACAAAGUUGUGUGCAGUCCUAUGGGGCUCGAUCUCAUGUAAUCGCUGUAUAUGAACCGGAAGGUAAUCGCAACUCUGUGAAGGUCAAGUCACGUGACGAGAUCGCCCGAGUAGCACGCGCGGAAGCAACUGCUGUAGCAGACGACGCGACGUCUAUACUGUGUGCAAUGUAAAUUUAUAGCGUAAUCGCCCAGAUUCAUUCAUGAUUCAGGCAGAAAUUAUUCAGCGUACGUAGAAACUGCCAUGGAAACGAGAAUGCUCAAAGAAGUUGUGGAUGAUGUGCUCGGAAGUACUUUUGUACUGAAACAAAAACAGGAGUCCAUGCUCAUAAGCGCUGCCAAAGGAAAUCACACCAUGGGGAUCCUUCCCACUGGAUACGGAAAAAGUUUGAUUUAUGCCCUCCACGCACCACUUUUGAACAAACUGAAUCCACAGAAAACACACAUAACCCUCGUAGUAAGUCCGCUUAAAAGUCUAAUGCUGGACCAGGUGCGCAGAUGGAAGAAUCUUGGCAUCAGAACUGCGGCCAUUCUUGGCCAUUCAGGUCAUGACAUGGACAGGGAGACUGAAAACGACCUGAUGAAUGGAGGGACAGACCUUCCCCGGAGGCCAUCCUGUCCCCUAAGUGGUGGCAAUGGGUGCGGAAGUUUCAAAACAGGAUUUCGUUGCUGGUGCUAG